UUUAGCCUGACCAAUCAGGCGACCGACAGAGGGCGAUGACGUGAAACGGAUUCGCCUAAAUGUCGUGGGUUGAUCGUUGCUAUCGGAGUUUGUGCGGUUUAUGACCAUGACGGACUCUGCGGUAAAGACUGCGCUCUCCGAGUUUGCUGUUGAUUUAUAUGCAAAAGUGUUGGCAUGUCAAAAAGAUGAUCUGGAAAACACCUUCCUUUCACCAGUAAGCAUUUACACUGCGUUGGCAACAACCAUGGUCGGCGCGGGUGGUGAGACGCUGCGUCAGAUGCAGCACACUUUGUGCAUUCCCGGGAGUCUGGGCGACGCUGAACUGCACAACUCUGUUGGAUCGAUAGUUCGAAAAUGUUUUACCGGCUCAGACAAUCUCGAUCUUUCUUUGGCAAACCGACUCUUUCUUAUCCACUCUGCUGCAAUAGAACGACAGUUUUCUAAUACUGUGUCUAAGUGCUAUGGCGCAGAUGCCGAAGUGCUUAGUUCAUUUCCAGAUUUAGAGGCCAAGCGAAAACACAUUAAUGCCUGGGUUGCUACAAACACAAAGGACAAAAUUAAUGAGCUCAUUCCCUCUGGAGCGCUUCAGCAGAGCACAACGCUAGCGAUAGUAAACGCACUAUAUUUCAGAGGUUCUUGGGAAUAUGCGUUUUGUAAGGAGGCCACAAUGGAGAGGGAAUUUCACUGUUUAAAUGGAUCCAGCCGAAAGGUUCCGAUGAUGUACAAAGAUGUAACCUGUCCGUUCGUUGAGUUGCAUGAGGAGGAGGCAGUAGCCGUAAAGCUCCCAUUCAAAGGCGGCGAAUGGGAACUCUUGGUGGUGUUACCGAACGAGAAAGAUGGCCUACGAAAACUUGCACGCAGUCUAAUGCUACCUGGAAAUCUUUCUUCGAUCUUGAGAGCCAAGUUUGAACCAACGAAGAUUGAUCUACACCUGCCUCGGUUCAAGCUAUCGCAUACCAAUCCACUGAACGUGAUUAAGCUGCUGGAGCAAUGUGGACUACGUGCCUUGUUUGAUGCGGAUUCCGCUGAUUUGAGCCAUUUGUGCAGCAGCCAAAAGUUGUAUGUAUCUGAGGUUUGGCACAAAGCUGUUUUGGAAGUUGACGAAGAAGGAGCGACCGCCGCGGCUGCCACUGGGUUUGGGAUCGCCAAGUAUUGUUUAAUGCUGAAACCAGUCGUUUGCGUUGAUCAUCCCUUCUUGGUUGUCGUUCUCAACGAACAAACCACACCAGUGUUCGUGGGUCAUGUGACAGAUCCGGAAGAAUAGUGACCCUGUGGAGUAUCACAAGUGCGCUGACCUACAUGCUAACCCGUUUUCCAUAUCAUCCAGGCCCAAGUUGUCUGGCACACACUCGACCUGUCUUGCUUUGACGUUCUUUUUCGAUUGCGACCGAAGCGUCUACUUUGUUUUCCUUGUUCCUCACAAUAAAUCGUUU